AUGUCGCUCGGACCAAAGCGUCCAAUUCGAGGGCUGAGUAUAAUUUUGCCGCUUGCGAGUGCUGCUGUGUCAAUAUCGUUAGAUGUAAAUCCUGAAAAGCACCGUCAGCCAGCUCAGGAUCAGCCGGAAUCGCCGGCGGCGCCGCUCGCAGUUUUCGGGCAGCAGUUGGUUGCGAAUUGCGCUGCUGCGUCUCUUGUGAUAGCCACGUUUCAAGUUGUCGCCAACUACGUCAAUAAGGCACGGGACGCUGUUGCAGCGGCGCUUCCAGCGCCAAGCAACUCGGGUGCGCAGCAGGAAUGGCAGCAGCAAGUGAAGGAGCUGCGCAAGCACACUCGGCUGCUGGCGUUCGUGCUGCCACUGGCGAAAGCAUUCGCAGCGGAGUCUCUCACGUCGGUAUACGCGCGGACCUUUGAGCGGGCAGCCUUUGGGUUUGCAAAGAUGUACCUGUUUUGCCUCUUCAUGCGAGUGCUGCUGUCCUGGUUUCCCUCCAUUGACUGGAAUGCACAGCCCUGGGCGUUCCUGCGACUGAUUACGGAGCCGUAUCUGCAGAUCUACCGCGGAAUCCUGCCGCCGCUGUUCGGUCAGCUAGACUUCACACCUCUUUUUGGUUUCCUGAUUCUGCAGGAUGUGGUGGAACUCAUGUCCCCCGUGUACACGCUUGGCCAUGCCCGGGACACGUCCAUGUACUGGACCACGUCAGAUAUCAUGUGCUACUUCGACGGGCAUUAA